AUUUCAUCGCUGAAUUCACUGUUGCUGGCGUGUGUUGAAAUUUUCGACCCCAUCAUUACUGAAGGUAACGCUUAUGAAAAUAUUUGCAACCGCCAUCUUAACGUCGGUUAAGAGAUCUAUACGAUAAAGCGAAGUGUAUUCGCCUUCUUAAAAGUUUAUUAUUACAAUACUGGAAAAUAGUAAAGACAUAUAGUAAGAAACAUUGACGCUGGUUCCAGGUACGGUGCCGUAGCAAGAUGUGGUUGUCGCAGACGGUAAAAUUUAUGUGGGUUUUUAUACUGGUUGAGGUUUACAUUCACACAUCUGAGCAAAAUGAUGUAUAUAUAGGUGUAAUAUUUGGACAUGAAACGGAUGAUGGAGUUUACGAAAGUAUAUUAAAGGAUGCAGUGGCCAUUGUCAAUAGGAAUUCAACUUUCCUCUCUGGUCAGCAUCAGAUGGAACUUAAAGAGCAAACUUUAUACGCAAAUUAUGUUUAUCCUUCUUUACAAGAAGUCUGCAACACAAUGGUGCAAACAGAACGUGUAUCUGCAUUGAUCCUUCCGGAAGACGUGUGCCCCAUGUGUGGUGACAUUGCUGCAAUGGCUAGCCAUGCAACCAGCCCUGUGUUCAGCUUGGAUCCCGGUAGCUUGAGGUCUGGUUCAGUGGCUUUCAAGAUGUACCCUUCCCCGUCUGAUAUCAGCGAAUUCUUUCUUGAUAUGCUCAUCUAUUUCAACUGGAGAAACUUCAUGAUCAUUUAUGAUACCGAUCAAAUUUACGCAAACCUGGAAGACGUCAUCAGUGCCGGAAACAUUUACAAGUGGAACAUCACUCUACGAAAGUAUGAUAAUAACUUUAACCGCAUUGUGGAUUUCAUUAGGGAGGAGGAAAUUCGCAACAUAUUCCUUUACACUUCGACUGAGAAAACAACACGUAAAAUCAUGGAAAUGGGCCUUGAGGAAGGAGUAGUCAGCGAUCAGCAUCACUGGAUUGUUGGCAACAUAGACGUCUACUUAGAUCGAGUUUUCCUUGAAGAUUUGGAAGAAAGUCGUGCGUAUAUGACGCGUUUCAAAAUGAAUUACACGACGCAAUGGCAGUACUCAUACCCGAGCUCUCACGAUCGGCGUCUCUAUGAGUGGCCUUUGCGCGAACGUCUGAGUUUUGACGCCGUGAUGGCGAUUGCGCAUGGCAUGCGCAGAUACAGGGAACGAGUGCGUGCAGGUGGGAAUAUUGAAGAUAUAAACAUCUUACCCGGAGAUACCAUGAUGAAUUCUUGUCCCAUCAACAGUGAUCCACCGCUUCGUGCUGAAUGGAAUGAAGACUUGACAUAUUACACUUUCGAAGGUCUUACUGGUAAUGUAGCUUUUGAUUCGAAUGGAGAUCGUGUGAAUUACACCAUAAUGGUGUACAGUGGACAAGGGGAAACAUUUGAUACAGUUCGUGGCGAGUGGUCCCAGAAUCCGGCUCAUUGGGAAUCUCGUUACGACAUUGAAUGGAAGAGUGAAGGUCGUCUGAACGUAACCAAGUACGUACUCGGACUUGAGAGACGGCUGAAAGUUGUGUCCAUAUUGCAAGCUCCGUUCUUGAUGUACAGAGAUAAUGCAGAUCGCUACCGUGGAAACGCACGUUUUAGAGGCUACAUCAUGGAUCUUUUAGAGGAGAUCGCUCGAGUUGUGAAGGGCAUUAACUUUGAAUACGAGGUGGAAUUGGUGCUGUCUCUUAUACACAUCUAG